GAAUCCGAGCUGAGCGACGAGAAGAAGUCACAUAGUGGAAUUCCAGAGGCACAAUUUGUGGAAGAUGUCGAUGCAUUUAUGGCUCAACCAGACAACAACAAUGAAGUCGAUAAAGUCCUGAAAAAACUCGACGAGAACCAUGGCAAAUACAAAUUCAUGGAGUACAACUUGGCAAACAAAAGGCGUAGACUGAAAUCCCAAAUUCCCGAGUUAGAGAGAUCAUUGGAGAUGAUUAAAAAACUCCAAGCAGAGAAAGACGGUAGUCAAAAUAUGGAGACCCAGUUUCUCCUGUCUGACCAGGUUUUCGCGAAAGCGAUAGUUCCCCCGACAGAGAAGGUGUGCCUCUGGUUGGGAGCAAAUGUCAUGCUCGAAUACACCCUCGACGACGCUCAGAAUCUAAUGGUAAAGAAUAUCGAGGCUGCUAAGAAGAAUCUCAAUCACGUUGACCAUGAUUUGGACUUUGUGAGAGAUCAAUUUACAACAACUGAAGUUAACAUGGCCCGAGUUUAUAAUUGGGACGUAAAGAGGAGACAAACAACAAAAACGUCAUAAUAUGCGUUAUAAAAAUCAGCUGUUCAGACUCUCAUGCACUGUAUUAUCAAAAAUAUUGAAAGAAAUUGGAAUCCUUUACACAAUUAAUAUGAAAAUUUAUUUAUUU